AUGCAGAAGUUCAACUCCAGUGGGGGCCACAAGGACACGCUGCCCCGGGACGCAGAGCUCCAGCUGCGGCUGUCGGACCACGGAGACACCGGGGAGAGCAAGGAGAACGGGGCAGGGGCGCACUAUCUGAGCCCACAGCCCGAGGAGACGCCCCUGUGCACCAAGAGGAGAGUGCUGGUCGGCCUGGAUGUCAUCUGCCUCUGCGUUGCCUCCAUCCCAUUCUUUGCAUGUGAGCUGAAAGCAGUGACUACAUACAAGCGAGGGUUCUUCUGUGGAGACACGAGUAUCACCUAUCCAUACGUGGAGAGGGAGGCGAUUCCCGACGGUCUGCUUAUUGCUGGUGGCAUCGCUAUCACAGGCGUCACAAUAGCGCUGGGCGAGUGUUUUAGGGUCAAAUUCAGAGGCGUGCACUCGCGGGCCUUCGUUCGAAACAGAUAUGUGUCAUGUCUAUAUAAGGAGCUGGGGAGCUUCCUGUUUGGCUGUUGUAUUGGUCAGUCACUCACUAACAUGGCCAAGCUGAGCGUCGGGAGACUGCGGCCAAACUUUCUUUCGGUGUGCAACAUCACCUACUCGUCCAUAAACUGCACCACAGGCAGCUACAUCCCUGUGGCCCACUGUCGGCAGAGCAACGCCAAGCUGGUCGAAGAAGCUCGGAAGUCAUUCUUUUCGGGCCAUGCAUCGUUUGCCAUGUACACAAUGAUGUAUCUAGCAUUUUAUCUACAAGCUCGGUUGUCAUGGCGAGGAGCACGUCUGUUGCGGCCCCUGAUCCAGUUCCUGUUGGUGAUGAUCGCCAUCUACACCGGUCUGAGCCGCAUCUCCGACUACAGGCACCAUCCCACGGACGUUCUGACCGGCUUCAUCCAGGGAGGCCUCACCGCAUACUGGGUGGCUUUCUACAUCUCCUCCAUGUUUAAACCGUGUUCCCGUCCAGACCUGUCGCCCACCUCCAUGUCUUUGGAGAGCCCACUAUCCAGCCAGCAGACCGUCUGUUAG